GCAACCACUGUAGCUGUGGCGCAGAGCCUCGCCCACUGCCAUCUCCACCCUCUCCAUCCUUAGCCGUUAAGCAAAGCCGGCUCCUGGCACGUUCUAGCAAGACUCGGGCUCAGAAGAGGAGAGCGACCCAUCCAGAGGCACGGGGGAGACUUGCCAGGCAACAUGCGGCCGCCUGGAGCCACCCGGGCGCCGGGUGUCUGAGGCUGCCAGCGGAGAGUGGUCAUUGUGAGAACCACUGGGACCCCGCUGGCGCUGCCAUCCCUCCGGAGUCUCUGGCCGCUCCACGAUGGGGCAUCCGCCCAGGGAAAUGCGCGGGGGCCACCGCCUGCUACCUCUGCUCGGGCUCUUUGUGCUGCUCAAGGUUGUUGCAACGUUCCACGUGACUGUCCGAGAUGACAACAGCAUCGUUGUGUCUUUAGAAGCUUCUGAUGUCAUCAGCCCUGCAUCUGUGUAUGUUGUGAGGGUAGCUGGUGAAUCCAAAAACUAUUUCUUCGAAUUUGAGGAAUUCAACAGCACAUUGCCUCCUCCGGUGGUCUUCCAGGCCACUUAUCAUGGCCUUUAUUACGUCAUCACUUUGGUGGUGGUCAACGGGAAUGUGGUCACCAAACCGUCCAGAUCAAUCACCGUGUUGACAAAACCCUUGCCUGUGACCAGUGUCUCCAUAUACGACUAUAAACCUUCUCCUGAGACGGGGGUACUGUUUGAAAUUCAUUACCCAGAAAAGUACAACGUGUUCAGCAGAGUGAACAUCAGCUACUGGGAAGGGAAGGAUUUCAGGACGAUGCUGUACAAAGAUUUCUUUAAGGGGAAAACAGUGUUUAACCACUGGCUACCAGGAAUAUGUUACAGUAACAUCACCUUCCAGCUGGUAUCGGAGGCAACUUUUAAUAAAAGUACCCUUGUGGAGUACAGUGGUGUAAGCCACGAACCCAAACAACACAGAACUGCACCGUAUCCCCCUCGAAACAUCUCUGUUCGCUUUGUCAACGUGAACAAGAACUACUGGGAAGAGCCGAGCGGGAGCUUCCCUGAAGACUCGUUCAUCAAACCACAAGAUUCAAUAGCAAGAGACAGACUCUUCCAUUUCCCUGAAGAGAUUCUGGACUCUGCCCCCAGCAAUGCAUCUUCCGGUUGGCCUGACCCGAAUAGCACUGACUAUGAAAGCACAUCUCAGCCCUACUGGUGGGACAGUGCCUCUGCAGCCCCUGAAAACGAGGAGGACCCUGUCAGUGUGCUGCCCACGGACUAUGACAGUGACACCACACUCAGCAGGACAGAGAAGCCCACAUCUGACCCAUUCCCCGCCUUCCCUGUGCAGAUGACUCUGAGCUGGUUACCACCAAAACCACCUACAGCCUUCGAUGGGUUCAACAUCCUCAUAGAGAGGGAAGAAAACUUUACUGACUAUUUGACAGUCGACGAAGAAGCCCAUGAAUUUGUUGCAGAACUGAAGGAGCCUGGGAAAUACAAACUUUCAGUGACAACCUUUAGUUCUUCGGGAGCCUGUGAGACUCGGAAAAGCCAGUCAGCAAAAUCUCUCAGUUUCUAUAUCAGCCCCACAGGCGAGUGGAUUGAAGAACUGACUGAGAAGCCGCAGCAUGUGAGCGUCCAUGUCUUAAGCUCAACGACAGCCUUGAUGUCCUGGACGUCUUCCCAGGAGAACUACAACAGCACCAUUGUGUCUGUGGUGUCCCUGACCUGCCAGAAACAGAAGGAGAGCCAGCGGCUGGAGAAACAGUACUGCACCCAGGUGAACUCAAGCAAACCUAUUAUUGAGAACCUGGUUCCUGGUGCCCAGUACCAGGUAGUGAUGUACCUAAGAAAAGGCCCUCUGAUUGGGCCACCUUCUGAUCCUGUGACAUUUGCCAUUGUUCCCACAGGGAUAAAGGAUUUAAUGCUCUACCCCUUGGGUCCCACAGCAGUAGUGUUGAGCUGGACCCGACCUUACUUGGGAGUAUUCAGAAAAUACGUGGUUGAAAUGUUUUAUUUCAACCCCACCAGCAUGACCUCAGAGUGGACAACCUACUACGAAAUAGCAGCGACCGUCUCCUUAACAGCAUCUGUGAGAAUAGCAAACCUAUUGCCGGCGUGGUACUACAACUUUCGGGUAACCAUGGUGACAUGGGGAGAUCCAGAAUUGAGCUGCUGUGACAGUUCCACCAUCAGCUUCAUAACAGCCCCGGUGGCUCCAGAAAUCACCUCUGUGGAGUACUUCAACAGCCUGCUGUACAUCCGCUGGACCUAUGGGGACGCCACCACUGACUUGUCCCAUUCUAGAAUGCUGCACUGGAUGGUUGUUGCAGAAGGGAAGAAGAAAAUUAAAAAGAGUGUGACACGCAAUGUCAUGACGGCCAUCCUCAGCCUGCCUCCUGGAGACAUCUACAACCUUUCUGUCACGGCCUGCACUGAGAGAGGUAGCAACACCUCUACGCUCCGCCUUGUCAAGCUAGAACCAGCCCCUCCAAAAUCACUCUUCGCAGUGAACAAAACACAGACGUCGGUGACCCUGCUGUGGGUCGAGGAAGGCGUUGCUGAUUUCUUCGAGGUCCUCUGUCAACAGCAUGGCUCUAGCCGCGGUGCCAAAGUCCAGGAACCGAUAGCUGUUUCCACCCAUGUUGUGACCAUCUCCAGCCUCCUCCCCGCCACUGCCUACAACUGCAGCGUCACCAGCUUCAGCCACAACAGCCCCAGUGUCCCCACAUUCAUAGCUGUCUCCACAAUGGUUACAGAGGUGAACCCUAACGUGGUGGUGAUCUCGGUGCUGGCUAUCCUCAGCACACUUUUAAUUGGACUGCUGUUAGUGACCCUUGUCAUUCUCCGAAGGAAACACCUGCAGAUGGCUAGGGAGUGUGGAGCAGGCACGUUUGUCAACUUUGCAUCCCUGGAGAGGGAAGGGAAACUCCCUUACAGCUGGCGUAGGAGUGUGUUUGCUUUCUUAACCCUGCUGCCUUCAUGUCUUUGGACUGAUUAUCUUUUGGCAUUUUAUAUUAACCCUUGGAGUAAAAAUGGCUUAAAGAAGAGGAAACUGACCAACCCUGUUCAGCUGGACGACUUUGAUUCUUACAUCAAGGAUAUGGCCAAGGACUCUGACUACAAAUUCUCUCUUCAGUUUGAGGAGCUGAAGUUGAUCGGACUGGAUAUCCCACACUUUGCUGCGGAUCUUCCCCUGAACCGAUGUAAAAACCGCUACACAAACAUCCUGCCGUAUGACUUCAGCCGAGUGAGACUGGUCUCCAUGAAUGAAGAGGAGGGAGCAGAUUACAUUAAUGCCAACUAUAUUCCUGGAUACAACUCGCCUCAGGAGUACAUCGCCACCCAGGGGCCGCUGCCGGAAACCAGAAAUGAUUUCUGGAAGAUGGUGCUACAGCAGAAGUCUCAUAUCAUUGUCAUGCUCACUCAGUGCAACGAGAAAAGGAGGGUAAAAUGUGACCAUUACUGGCCAUUCACAGAAGAACCCAUUGCUUAUGGGGACAUCACUGUGGAGAUGAUCUCUGAGGAGGAGCAGGAUGACUGGGCCUGCAGACACUUCCGGAUCAAUUAUGCAGAUGAGGCACAGGAUGUGAUGCACUUCAACUACACAGCCUGGCCCGAUCACGGUGUGCCUCCAGCAAAUGCUGCUGAAAGCAUCCUGCAGUUUGUUCACAUGGUCCGACAGCAAGCCACCAAGAGCAAAGGGCCCAUGAUCAUUCACUGCAGCGCGGGUGUGGGACGGACAGGAACCUUCAUUGCCCUGGACAGGCUCCUGCAACACAUUCGAGACCAUGAAUUUGUGGACAUCUUAGGGCUGGUGUCAGAAAUGCGGUCAUACCGAAUGUCAAUGGUACAGACAGAGGAGCAGUACAUUUUUAUCCACCAGUGCGUGCAGCUGAUGUGGCUGAGGAAGAAGCAACAGUUCUGCAUCAGUGACGUCAUCUACGAGAACGUCAGCAAGUCCUAGUUCUGAAUCCAGAGCAGUAAGUGGAGAGGCUGUUAACAGAAAGGGA